ACAAUCAUUUUUAUCCCUUUUUACCGGCUGCUUUUAGGGUCCGUAGUGAAAUACACUCUCAUCAGGGAGUCGUAAUCCACAAUACUAUUAAAUGCAUCUUAUCCCGCUCAGCACUAAAAUCUACCGAGCGCUGGUGAUUUUGCUUUAGUCACAUUUGAUCCAGGUUGAGAAUGACUUCCAAGCGGCUCCUCGAGCAGCCUCGAGCCGGCGACAGCACGCAUGAGGGGGGCGAGCCUGUCACUGGAAAAGCGUCUAAAACCAACACGCUGCAGGAAGGCGCUUCAAGGAAUUUUGAAAUCUCUCCAAAUGGACAUUAUUUUACCUCAACGAGAGAGGGGCACUACAUUCAUAAGAAGUUUGCAUGUGGCAGAGAGGAGGACGAACAGAGCUCAGGUGGGGUCCUUAAACAUGGCUGCCCUGCUCAUCGCCUGAUCCUGAAUGGCACCCACGUGGAGGCUCGGAUCCCAGUGAGAGGGCCAGGGGAGCCAGGAUGUCGCCUGCCAUCUCCCGAGACGCCGCACCCGCACACGUCCUCCAUCAUCCCCGUCCCACAUGACAGGAGGCCUUCUGGUCUUGCUGAUAAAGAAGUGAUGGCCGCCACCGUCCUGACCAUACUGUCCACCAGCCCGUUGGUGCUCAACCCUUCCUCCAGUGCCUCAGGUGCAGAUUUGGCUGGAAAGGGCUGGAAGGAGAGCCUGUCUGCCAGCUACAGCAGCUCUACUAGUGGGAACUGGAGCUGGGACGCCAGCGACCAAUCGGUGCCCUCCACGCCGUCCCCACCCCUCUCUAAUGAUCCCGGCAAGAGCUUCCUGCUUUCCUCCCAGAGUGAUGACAACAUUGAGGAAACCGAGAGUACACACUUCCUGUUCGAGGACCCCAUCCCCCGAAAAAGAAAGAACUCCAUGAAGGUGAUGUUUAAGUGUCUGUGGAAGAACUGUGAAAAAGUCCUCAGCACUUCCUCAGGGAUCCAGCGCCACAUCCGCACCAUCCACCUGGGGCGAAAUGGAGAUUCUGACUACAGCGAUGGCGAGGAGGAUUUCUACUUCUCUGAAAUCGAGGUGAACAUGGACCCUCUUUCGGAGGGCCUGUCCAACCUCACGCCCACCUCUCCUACUACAUCCGGCCCGGCCCCCGUCUUCCCCGUCUUGACUUGUGAUGCGUCUCAAUCUGAGCCCGCCCGCAUGAUCCACACCCCUCUCAGCCAAUCAGCACCGUCGACGCUGUGCCAUAUCCGCACUGACCACGCUUACCAGGCUACAAGCCCUGUCAGCAUUCCCAGCAUGCCCUCUGAUCCGCCUCACAGUGAGGAUAGGAUUAGCGUAUCCUGGCAGUCGCCCCCUGUCAUAUAUAAAGGGCUACCGGGCCCGAUGACUCAAAUCCGCACUGUUAGCAUCGGGGAGAAGAGACAGCCUGUUAACCACACCACUGUCAGCAAAACACACACCAACACCACCUCCACCUCCACUUCCAAACCCACUACUGGAACCAGGAAACCGCGUGGCGAAGCCAAGAAGUGCCGAAAGGUGUACGGCAUGGAGAAGAGGGACCUGUGGUGCACAGCGUGCCGCUGGAAGAAGGCCUGCCAGCGCUUCACUGACUGAGCUUGAUCCUUUACCCCACUUCAAAACGUGCUCUUUUAUUGCGGCUGUUCCACAGACUGAGCGCCGGUGUCCCCUGCACACUCUCAGAGUGAACUUCAUGAGCUGAGAUGGUGGCCUUUUUAAUGUAACUGAUUCCUCCAGGCCACAAGGGGUGCGCUUAUCCUACCGCUUCCAUGGUGGAACACUGAGACUUUCAUUCAGGAAAAAAAAAACCUGAUAAAAAGCAAAAAAAAAAGAGAAAAAGAAUUUAGAAAAAAAA